GACCACAGUACUCACAUAACAAACCCCCCUCCCCCAUUCCAUUCCUCAUUUCUCAAUUCUCCUCACUCCCUUGCAAUCUCCGACCCCAAAAUGCAGACCUCCACUCUCUCAAUCCCUAAACAUCUCUCUCACUCUCAUCUCUCUCCUCGUCUCUCCCUCUCUCAUCUCUCUCCCCGUUUCUCUCUCUCGCCACCUCCAAUCUCGCUGAAAUGUAACAACAAGAGCACUAAUAAUUUCUCAAUCUCCUCGUCGUCUCCGCGACUGCCUCCGCUAUUUAACUGCUCGUCGCGGCUGUCGAGAGUGAGCGAGACUAGCGAUGACUCGGUUGUGAAGAAGCGCGCGGUUGAGGUUAGGGCUGGCUCGGUGGUGCCGGAGAGCGGGGAGGAUGGGACGGAGAAGUCUAGGUUUAAGGAGACGUUGGUGCUUGGUUUGUUGUUCGGGCUAUGGUACCUUUUUAAUAUCUACUUCAAUAUUUAUAACAAACAGGUACUCAAAGUUUACCCAUAUCCGGUAACUGUCACUGCAGUUCAGUUUGCUGUUGGAACUGUCCUCGUAAUGUUUAUGUGGACAUCAAACCUCUACAGGCGGCCAAAAAUUAGUGGUGCACAGCUCGUGGCGAUUUUACCUCUGGCGCUGGUACACACUUUAGGCAACCUUUUUACUAAUAUGAGUCUUGGGAAAGUUGCAGUAUCAUUUACCCAUACUAUCAAAGCCAUGGAGCCCUUUUUCUCAGUUGUACUCUCAGCUAUGUUUCUUGCAGAGACACCUACUAUAUGGGUGCUUCUAUCCCUUUUACCAAUUGUUGGGGGAGUGGGACUGGCAUCAAUGACAGAGGCAUCUUUUAAUUGGUCUGGGUUUUGGAGUGCAAUGGCUUCUAAUCUGACCAAUCAGUCUCGUAAUGUCCUAAGCAAAAAGUUCAUGGUCAAGAAAGAGGAAUCAUUGGACAACAUCACUCUCUUCUCUAUAAUUACCAUCAUGUCCUUUUUCUUGUUAGCCCCUGUUGCCGUUUUCAUGGAAGGGGUCAGGUUUACACCUGCAUAUUUGCAGUCUGCUGGACUUAAUGUCGAACAGGUCUACACAAGGUCUCUCCUUGCUGCACUUUGCUUCCAUGCGUACCAGCAAGUUUCAUAUAUGAUAUUGCAAAGGGUAUCUCCAGUUACCCACUCUGUGGGUAAUUGUGUGAAGCGUGUGGUGGUGAUAGUGACCUCUGUUCUCUUCUUCCGUACACCUGUUUCACCUAUCAACUCUCUGGGCACUGGAGUGGCCCUUGCUGGAGUGUUUUUGUACUCAAGGGUGAAGCGCAUUAAACCAAAGACAUCUUAAAUUUCUCAUGAUGAAGAUUCAUGCUGUUGAAUCUUUAUCCUGGUCGGAACAUGCUUUUAUCGUAGAAUCUGGUUGUACCGUGACCCUACUUCAAAUCGCCACAUAAUCUCCCCAUCCCUACCCCUCUUCCCUCUAGAAUAGAAAAUGAAGUCAGUGGCUAGAGUGAUUGUAAAUGCAGAAGGUAUCCUUAGUCCAUAGACAAUUUUGUGACAGACCUAGCACCAGGCGCUUUUUAAAUUUUUAGGAAACAAAUACAAGCUCUAUCCGAAUGGUUCAGUUUGAUGGUACUCUGAACUCUUUGGCACCUUUGUGGUAUGUUUGUAGUACUUGGGAUGAUUGAAGAUCUUAUCUUCUGGGUGAAAAGUUUCCUUUAA